AUGGCUGCAGCUAUGGAGGCGACAACUGAAGCGUUGAGGAAUCAAAUGAAUAACGAAAAUGGGAACAACGGUGAAGAGGGGCCGAUGACACUUGCCACUUUCCUGAAGGUACAUCCUAUGACCUUUAGAGGGACCACAAAUCCUACUGAAGCUGAUAAUUGGCUCCAAGCAAUGGAGUGGGCUUUGCAAGCUCAGCAGGUUCCCGGGGAACAAUGGGUGGAGUUUGCGACCUGCCAGUUACAGGGUGAAGCUCAAUACUGGUGGCAAGGAACAUGGCGUAUUCUACAACCAGACGGCGCUGGUCAAAUAUCUAUUGCGGAGUACACAAAUAAAUUUGAAGAACUGUGCCGGUUUUUCGGAAUCUACCAAGGUGCUCCGGAGGACUUUGCAGAAUGA